AUGCCUGAGGAAGCUUGGGCAAUCCUUAAGAAGGCGAGCGAUGAAAGAGACUUGGAAGAUUUCCGUGAAGCCCUUAAGAUCUAUUCCAAGGCUGUUCCGUUGGCAACAUUUGAUGAAAUUGAGAAAAAGUUUCGCGCAGACAACUUCAAGAUCUACCUUAUUGGGCUGUCGGCCACUUCGCCAAAGAUUGCCCUGAGAAAGGUGUCAACAGCAGAGCUUGUCGCAAUUGCGGGCAAAGAAGAGGGUCAUAUGUCCAAGGAAUGUGACAAGCCUCGAAACAUGGAUAACGUUACUUGUCGUAACUGCGAGAAGACUGGCCACAUGAGUCGCGACUGCCCCGAGGAGAAGGACUGGUCAAAGGUCCAGUGUACCAAUUGCAAGGAGAUGGGCCACACGUUCAGACGCUGUAACAAACCAGCUGAAGGUGCUGACAGUGACAAUGCAGAUAGCUAUGGUGGAUUCUAUGGAGCAGGCAUUGGCAGCAAGAAUCACCACGAUCAAACACGUGGCCGGAAGGAAACCACAGCUCAAUCCGCAGGAAACUGGUAUGAAGAACCAACCGACGGCGGCGCUGGUUGGUAA